CGUGUUAAUACUUAAUGUUUCACAUUUCAAAUGUGGUCUUUUAAAUCCAAACCUUCUUCAAUCUGCCGUCAAUUUGGAACAGUUGAUAAUGCAAAGUUCUUCAUUAAGUAUUGGCCUAAAAGAUGAUCACCACAGUAAAUUCAUCCAUGGACUCAAACGUUUGCAGUAUAUAGACUUUUCAAGAAAUGCAUUUGAAGACCAAUUCAGAAUUUCAACAUUUAAAAGUCAACUAGACAGUGUGCAAUCUUUGAUACUUGAAGGAAAUUUAUUCACAAGUAUUCCUUUAAAUCUAGAAGACUUGAACCGUCUUAGUUUCCUAAACAUCAGAAACAACAAAAUAGCGUAUUUGACAACUAAAGAAACUGACGCGAUUGAAGUGUUAUUUGAAAAAUCAAAUAGAACAAUGACAGUCUUAUUAGAUGGCAACCCCCUUGUUUGUACUUGCGCUUCGUUAGAUUUUGUAGAAUGGUUAUUAACUACUAAAGUGACACUUGACAGCAAUGGUAGUUAUUCUUGUGUCGAAAACGAUGGAAAUAUUACAACAACAAGUGUUGUCUACAAUCACUUGCGAAUUUUUAGAAUAAGAUGUAUCAAUACAGUAUGGUUAAUUUUUUCUGCAACUUUAUUCGGUGUGCUUCUUUUAUUCAUUCUAGUUGGAUAUCGUUACAAAUUGCACCUUCAAUACUUUUGUUUAUUUAUCGGAAUGGCAAAUCCACUUUUCCGGAAGUCAAAAGAAGAAUCACUUGAAUAUGAUGCAUAUGUAGCUUAUUGCGACGGAGACUAUACAUGGGUAUAUGGCCCUUUGCGCAUAUUUCUCGAAGAGAGACGAAAUUAUAAACUUCUUUUGUUAGAUAGAGGAGAUGUCCUUGCUGGAGAACAUAGACUUUUUGCUUUAAACAAUUCAAUUCCAAAAUGCAAAAAGAUAAUCUUAGUGAUUUCAAAAGAGUUUGUUAACAAUGACUGGGCAUACUAUGAAGCAACUGUUGGCAUUGAACAUUUCCUGGGAUUACAAGCAAGAAUAAUUGUUAUAAACCUGGAAAAUAUAACCAAAACAGAAAUACCGCAAUGUGUUCUUCAAAUGAUGUCAUUGGACGCCAAUGAUCAUAUUCGCAAAACAGACACAUUAAAUGAAAAUAACAUUUUCUGGAAAUGUUUAGAUCAAGCAAUGCAACGUUAAUGAAGGACAGUGACUUUUUUCAAUUAAUGAUGUUCAACAAUUGUUGUUUCAUUGUAAAAAUGCAUUGUCAGUCUAAAGCGUAUGCAAAAAAAAUAAACAUUAAGAACCUGCACGGUGGUACUAUAGAUAUGAUGAACACUAUAUUAACGAAAGGAAUAAAAGAAACCAAUUCAUUAAACUACGACUAAAUGUGCUUACAGGUAUGAGCAACAAUUUUUCCUUAACAAAAAUGUAUUCAAAAAUCUUUUUACAGACGGUCAUAUGUGUAAAAUAUCAUUAUCGGUAAACGCUUAUAUAUAUUUUGAUAAAAAAAAGUUUAAAAAAAAUGGCGUUUUAGGUCAAAUACAUGAGUUUGACAUUUUAUGAGAAGAC